UGACAUCGCUGCCUAUAAAUUUAUAUCAAGAGCCUUACACGCGAGAUUACUUUUAAUUAUCUUCUGUUUUCGAGAUCGGAGCACUAAUUUGAAUUCUCAGAGAAAGCAAAGCGAAAGCGACAGAGAGAAGAUGGCUCGUACCAAGCAAACCGCUCGUAAGUCUACCGGAGGAAAGGCCCCUAGGAAGCAGCUUGCUACUAAGGCUGCACGUAAGUCUGCACCAACCACCGGUGGAGUGAAGAAGCCACAUCGUUACAGACCUGGAACUGUUGCUCUUCGUGAAAUCCGUAAGUACCAGAAGAGUACUGAGUUGCUCAUCAGGAAGCUCCCUUUCCAGAGGCUUGUUCGUGAGAUUGCCCAGGAUUUCAAGACUGACCUGCGUUUCCAGAGCCAUGCUGUGCUAGCACUCCAGGAGGCAGCUGAAGCAUACCUUGUUGGACUCUUUGAGGACACCAACCUUUGCGCCAUUCAUGCCAAGCGUGUCACCAUCAUGCCCAAAGACAUCCAACUCGCUCGCAGGAUCAGAGGAGAGCGUGCUUAAGUCUUGUUGUUCGUUUGGGUCCUAUUAUGUGAAUGUUGGGGUUUGCUGUUUCUCUAAAUAGACGUAGCUGGAUUUUUAGAUAAUAUGGUCUCUUUUGGUAUUAGUAGACUCUAAAACAAUGAUGGUUUGUUGGUUUUUUUUUCUUAUUUUCGGUUUUAUGAUUUGCUUCUGUGUAUUUGCAGCUACGUGUUUUGUUAAACCUCCCGUUGUUUGAAUUCUAAAACAAUUAGUAUGUUGAAGUUGA